AUGCGGCCGCCAAACCAGCACCUGCACCUCGGCCACCUCCUAGCAAACCAGGUGGGAACUGAAGUGGAAUUUGAGGUUGGCGGCGAUCUGUUCUCGGCGCACAAGUGCAUUCUCGCCUCCCAGUCCACGGCCGAGUUCUUUGGACAAGCAGGGAAGGGCUCGUGUGCAGAUCGACGACAUGGAGCCGAGGUGUUCAAGGCCCUGCUCCAUUUCAUCUACACCGACGCUCUUCUUGAGGUGCACGAGGAGGACAAGAUCGUGAUGGCUCAGGGUCUGCUUGUCAUGGCAGAUCGGUAUGCAAUGGAGAGGCUGAAGUUGAUCUGCGCCGACAUGCUCUGCAGCUACAUAAACGAUGCACGUACGGCCAUCACUACACUGGACCUUGCAGACAAACAUGGCUGCCGUAGGCUCAGGGAGGCGUGCAAGAAGUUCCUCACGGACAACUUCGCCAGGGUCGGUCCCUGA